CUCCAAAUUAUUCUUCAACAAUCUAAUGUUGAGGCUAUUCUAAGGCAUGCUGGGUCCUGUACUUUCUUUGCACAGUUUGGGCUUUGUUCUUCCUCGUCACUCAUGCCUGAUCUAAAGGUCGGGUGUAGAGGUUCUGAAAGAACAGCUCCAGCUUGUGCUCAGCAUGAACAUGAAUGUGCAGAUUUUUACGCAGAUCCUAGGGUUAUCAAGCAGCUCUGAGCUGACGAGGCUUAGCAGCGUUAAACUUGGCCUCAGGGUGCCAAAGAAUUAGACAAAGUCGAGAUAAAGGGGUAGAUUUAGGAUUACUGUCUGCGUCCUAAUAAGCACCCGUGCGCGUCCCUAAUUCCCUUUGAUCUCUGUAAUCUCCGGAACAAGUGACGAUUGUUAUUCAUGCGUUUGGAUCGUAAAUAUGAUCACCGAGCCACUAAUCCAAACUGCAGCGGGCAAUUUGCCCUGCGUUGGUUACGUCAGCGCGUCUUUGGUCUCUCCUCUGCUGGGUCUGAAACUCGCAGCGCGCAUCACAGCCGUGCCAGUGCGGAGAGUUUCCCUGUCAACUCCGUGAAGUAUAAGCGAGAGUGGCACCAGGCAAAUCCGCCUCCAGUCAACUGCGCUAAAGGUUACGACACAUCCAUGUACCUCCUGAUGCACAUCCAGUGAUACCUCCUCUACCUGUUACUUUUCUUUCUUUCUUUUUUUCUCUCUUUCUUUCCCUGUCGCACUUUGUCUGCGCGGCUGCAGCGGUCCACCAUUGCCCCCAAAAACCACUCCAGCGUUUUAACGCAAGCUUGUCGGGGGCUGCAAAGGAAGCGGCUGAUCGGUGCAGCGCUUGGUCUCGUCGUCAUGGUGGUGGUGCUGCUUGUCGCGAUUCCCCUGCUGGUCCAGAGCUCCACUAUCUCCGCGCACUACGAGAUGAUGGGCACCUGUCGCAUGAUCUGUGACCCGUACACCCCGAAAGCGAGCGCCACGGCGCUAGAAGUCAUGCAGGACCUCGGUGCGAUCCCGCCGCCGCCUCCUCCAUCUUUCUCCCGUGGGAACAAAGGUGAACCGGGCCGCCCGGGGAAGCCUGGACCGAGAGGUCCUCCAGGUGAACCUGGUCCCCCCGGACCGAGAGGGCCGCCGGGUGAGCGUGGAGACUCCGGAAAAAUCGGCUUUACCGGGGGUCCACAAGGAACAGCUCGGACUGAAACGGGAGAACUUGGCUCUGCGUUUGCGAGUGUCAAGAUCGCCUUCUACGUCGGUCUUAAAAACCCACACGAGGGUUACGAGGUGCUCCGUUUCGAUGAUGUGGUAACUAACCUAGGCAACCACUACGACCCUUCCACUGGCAAGUUCACAUGCCAGGUGUCUGGAAUUUACUACUUCACUUACCAUAUACUGAUGCGCGGAGGAGAUGGAACCAGCAUGUGGGCAGACCUCUGCAAAAACGGACAGGUUCGAGCAAGUGCCAUAGCCCAGGAUGCAGACCAGAACUAUGACUACGCAAGCAACAGUGUAGUGCUACAUCUGGACUCAGGGGACGAGAUAUAUGUGAAAUUGGAUGGCGGGAAGGCACAUGGUGGAAACAACAACAAAUACAGCACUUUUUCUGGCUUCAUACUGUACCCGGACUGAGCUGGACCACAAGAACAGACACUGAAGUGAAUAGUCAUUUACCAAGUUGACAUUAACACAGGUUGAAGCCCUGUCCAAUCUAGUGCUUCAUUUCUGUGUAUCUGUGGAAAUAUGCUAUUUUACUUACUGGACCAUAAAGUAUACAACCAGUGAGAAGUUAAUGUUUGAAGUGAGCUUUUUUUUUACACACAGCAAAAUCUCCAGAGUAGAAUUAACACCUACAGUGUUUGUGUAAGUCCAUAUGGGCUCAAAUAAACAUUGGAAGAGUAAAGACGGUCUGUCUGAAGAUAGCAGGCUGAUGGGUGUGUCUUUGAGUACAUUGUAAAUAAUAUAUACAGCAUUCUUAUUGUAAUGCUUGUUUAUAGUAAUGAUACAUUGCAUUGUUAUUUAUUUGUUUAUUUAUUUAUUUUAAUAGAGUGUGUUUGAUCUGUUUGCAGUCCAGUGAAAUUACACUUUACAGUACUAUAUAUUGUUAGCAAUGUACUACUGUAAAAAAAACACUGAUGAAAUUUUAGUUAUAUUAUUAUACCUCCUUUAUUGACAAAUAUGAAUCUUAAAUAAAUGUAAAAAAAAAAAAAAAAGAAAAGUUAAUUCUAACAAAGGAAUAUGAUAAAAUGUGCUUAUUACAGCAAUCAUUUCAGUUCAUUUCAUAUGAGAACAAACAUAAGACAGCAAAUGUGACAAUUAAUGGGUCACUGACCUGAACACCAAAGAGAAAAAAAAGAAACAAGAACGUAAACAAUAAAAUAUCAUGCUAGCUUUAUGUAUCUAGCUAGGCUUAGAUUAUAUUGACUACAGAUUUACCUCCAGCUGGCCCUGCCUCCCUGAACUAACCACAUCUUUGUGUUUUUCUUUAAAACCAACGAAACAAACAAACCACAAUUAAGGAUGACAAAAUAAUGGAAGAACUGAAAAAAAAAAAAAUUCUUUUGCUGCUUCCGGUAAAUGCUAUUAAUGACUAGUUAACAGUAGAGUUAUUGAUGCUGUAUGUUUUACAGUUGAUAGUCACAGCAGUGUUACUGUGGCUAAACAAUAAGCUUCUUCGAUAAAUUAUAACCUAGCAGUUCUGUUAAUCAUUUCUGAGCUGCAGUAUCAAACUGUAAACACUUUUAAUUUGUCAUACUGUUUUGAAUACAGUAUAUUAUUGUUGAAAUUACGGAAAAAUUCUUUACAGUGUAGGCUUAAAUAGGCAUGCCAUUAAUCAGAUAUGAAUUCAAAGAUAUGUCUUACAUAUUUGUUCCUAGUAGGGACCCAACAGUCAAAGGCAGUUUUGAUUAAACUCAAAGGUAUACUGUCAGUUUAGUUUUAGUUUUAGCUGGAUAGCUGGUGUAGGUGCCACAGUUCAGUAAAUUAAAAAUAUAAACAUAUAUAUAUAUUUUUAAUUAGCUAGAUGCUCCCUUAGUUGUAGCGAUGUCACCUAGCAACUACUAGUACAGAGCUGCAAGACCUGUGUGUAACACAGUAUUUUGACAGUAUGCCUGAAUGGUUUGCAAAAAGAACAUUCUUGGACUCAUGUGAGGUGUGUACAAUUACUAUGUCUCCAUCAGCUCUGUUGUGUCACAACAUUAUGAAAAUUACUGACAUAGUGCCACUACAGCUAAUAUUAGCUGUGAAGAUUAUGAACUUGUUUUUAAGAUUCUUUCAGAAAUACUACCCUGACUAUCUUUCCACAUAGGAACUCAAAUACAUGGCAAGAAUUUCACCGACUGCCAUCAAGGCAUACCUACUCAGAGCUAGUGUGGACUCAUAAACCCUCUCAUAUUUCCAUAUAAGAACUCAAAGACACACUUUCUGUGCCUUGCAAUAGGGAACAUUUAAUUUAAAUAAGUAGGUUUUCAUUCAGCACUGGGCUUAUUGCUGUGUAGCCUGUUUGACUAUGUGUUGUGUGUAUCAAACAUGUAUUUAAACUAUAUGUCAAAGCAAAGUUAUGAGGACAAUGAAUUAUUAGUAUAGAUCUGUCUGGGAUGUUGAUGGAUUGCUAGUCCUAUAUGAUGUAUUUGCCCUGUAGCACAAUUUAUACAUUGCACUGUUAAUAUUUAUUUAGGUAUUUCAAUAAAUGAUGUUUUGUAUAACUGCUUUCUUUGUAUGUAUUAAAUGUCGUCCUCAGAUACAUCUGAGUCAUGAAUCAUGGUGAGCACAUCAAGAUUUUAAUCACAGGAUUAAAAAAAAAAAAA